CGCUACAAUUAAACUAUAAUUUGUUAUUUUUUAUCAUAAUUGCCAAUGUUUUAUUAAUGUGCAAUACUAACAACAUUUUUAUCCAUAGUUAUUGAAUUACUUUCUUUUUUCUUGUCUUGCCUGACAUGGCGGGUGCUAUUGUACGAAGUUUUAACCUUCCAAGAAAACAAUUAGGUCUUCUUGGACAGAUUCGAAAUAAGCAACAACCGAAGAAUUAUUCUGAUGCUGCGUCCGAAGGAAAGAAAUAUGGCAGCCCUCUUAAAGAUGAAGAUCGUAUUUUUACUAAUUUAUAUGGUAGACACGACUGGAGAUUAAAAGGGGCUAUGAAACGAGGUGAUUGGUAUAAGACAAAAGAAAUAAUAGAUAAAGGAGCAGAUUGGAUUAUCAAUGAAGUUAAAUUAUCUGGCCUUCGUGGUCGAGGAGGAGCAGGAUUUCCUUCUGGAAUGAAAUGGUCAUUCAUGAAUAAACCUUCAGAUGGGAGACCUAAAUUUCUUGUUGUCAAUGGAGACGAAGGAGAACCAGGAACAUGUAAGGAUCGCGAAAUUUUACGACAUGAUCCACACAAGCUUAUCGAAGGCUGUCUGAUCGCUGGAAAAGCUAUGGGAGCUUGUGCAGCUUAUAUUUAUAUUCGUGGAGAAUUUUAUAAUGAAGCAUCUAAUACACAAGUUGCAAUUGCCGAAGCUUACCAAGCUGGUUUAAUUGGAAAAAAUUCUUGUAACUCUGGUUAUGAUUUCGAUAUCUUUGUACAAAGAGGAGCUGGUGCUUAUAUUUGUGGUGAAGAAACUGCUUUGAUUGAAUCCAUUGAAGGGAAACAAGGAAAACCAAGAUUAAAGCCACCUUUUCCUGCUGAUGUUGGUCUUUUUGGUUGCCCUACAACCGUGACAAAUGUAGAAACUGUUGCAGUUGCUCCAGCUAUUUGUCGACGUGGAGGUAGUUGGUUUGCAUCUUUCGGUAGACCACGUAACAGCGGAACAAAGCUUUACAAUAUUUCAGGUCAUGUUAACAAUCCAUGCACAGUUGAAGAAGAAAUGUCAAUUCCUUUAAAAGAAUUGAUAGAAAGACACGCUGGUGGUGUAAUAGGAGGUUGGGAUAAUCUUUUGGGUAUUAUUCCUGGUGGUUCUUCCACUCCUGUUAUUCCAAAAAACAUUUGCGAUACGGUACUCAUGGAUUACGACGAUCUCGUCAGAGUGCAAAGUUCUUUUGGUACAGCUGCUGUUAUUGUAAUGAACAAACAAACCGAUAUAAUUAAAGCAAUUACACGUCUUAUUAGUUUUUAUAAACAUGAAUCGUGUGGUCAAUGCACACCUUGCCGAGAAGGUAUUAGUUGGAUGUACAAAAUUCUUCAAAGAUUUGUCGAGGGUAAUGCAGAAGUACAAGAAAUUGAUAUGUUAUGGGAGCUUACAAAACAAAUUGAAUUGCACACGAUAUGUGCUCUCGCUGAUGGAGCAGCAUGGCCUGUGCAAGGACUUAUUAGACAUUUUAGACCUGAAAUUGAGGAUAGAAUAAAAAAUUUCAAAGUGAAUGAUUUAGUUUCAUGUUAAUUAGGUUAUAUAGAAUAAUAAUACUUCUUUGAAGUGUAAAAAAGUUG